GGGAGGAAGUGUGCAGACGUGGCGACUCUCCGGAGAGAUACUAAGAAGAACCUUGCUAGGGUGUGUAGGACCUGAAGCUUCUCUCCUGGCAGUGUAACUACAAACAAUUCACAACAGCCUCCCAAAGCAGCAGGUGCUUUUUGUAAAAGGUUGACUCACUAGAGUGGAUUUCGUCGCUGCCUGAGACCCAGGAACACGCUGUGCAUUGACUCCUUCCUUAGACCAGGAGCCUGAGCCCUCUCUCUGCUUGGCCUGCUCAUUAACAAGUGACAACCUCUCGGUUCUGUUCGCUGACUCUAGAAGUCUUCCAAGGUCCAGGCCUCAGAAAACCUACGUCCACCUGCGAUGGUCCAUUCUGACAGGACACUUACAGAGAACUACAAUGGAAAAGUCUUGGAUGCUGUGGAACUUUGUUGAAAGAUGGCUAAUAGCCUUAGCCUCGUGGUCUUGGGCUCUCUGCCGUAUUUCUCUUUUACCUUUAAUAGUGACUUUUCAUCUAUACGGAGGCAUUAUCUUACUUUUGUUAAUAUUCAUAUCAAUAGCGGGUAUUCUGUAUAAAUUCCAGGAUGUAUUGCUUUAUUUCCCAGAACAGCCAUCUUCUUCACGUCUUUAUGUUCCCAUGCCCACUGGUAUUCCACAUGAAAACAUUUUCAUCAGAACCAAAGAUGGAGUGCGUCUAAAUCUUAUUUUGAUAAGAUACACUGGAGACAAUUCACCCUAUUCCCCGACUAUAAUUUAUUUUCAUGGGAAUGCAGGCAACAUAGGUCACAGGUUACCAAAUGCAUUGCUUAUGUUGGUGAACCUCAAAGUUAAUCUUCUGCUUGUUGAUUAUCGAGGAUAUGGAAAAAGCGAAGGAGAAGCAAGUGAAGAAGGACUCUAUUUAGAUUCUGAAGCUGUGCUAGACUAUGUGAUGACUAGACCUGACCUUGACAAAACAAAAAUUUUUCUUUUUGGCCGUUCUUUGGGAGGAGCAGUGGCUAUUCAUUUGGCUUCUGAAAAUUCACAUAGGAUUUCAGCCAUUAUGGUGGAGAACACAUUUUUAAGCAUACCGCAUAUGGCCAGCACUUUAUUUUCAUUCUUUCCAAUGCGUUAUCUUCCUUUAUGGUGCUACAAAAAUAAAUUUUUGUCCUACAGAAAAAUCUCUCAGUGCAGAAUGCCUUCUCUUUUCAUCUCUGGACUCUCUGACCAAUUAAUUCCACCAGUAAUGAUGAAGCAACUUUAUGAACUUUCCCCAUCUCGGACUAAGAGAUUAGCCAUUUUUCCUGAUGGAACUCAUAAUGAUACAUGGCAAUGCCAGGGUUACUUCACUGCGCUUGAACAGUUCAUCAAAGAAGUAAUAAAAAGUCAUUCUCCUGAAGAAAUGGCAAAAACUUCAUCUAAUGUAACAAUUAUAUAAUUUUCUUUUUGAUUGAUGCACUGCGUUUUAAUUUGUGCAGAAUGAUAAAGAAUGUUCCUUUCUACAAGUAUGUUAUGUCUGUACGUGUCUGAAGAGUGACAUUAAACUUUGAAAGGACUUCAGUGCUCUUUUAAGAUGAUCCAAAUAGUUUUUUACAUUUGAAAAACUAUAAUUCUUGGGAUUAUUUCAUACAUUUUCAUCAAACCUUUUAAUGUGGUUAUAUAUCCAUAUCUUUAGUUUAAUAUGUCAGUAUAAUAUAUUCAAAAGUUUCCUGUUGCUAAAAUGGUAUACUUUACAUGAUAACGUAGAUUAAUGGCAGGGUGUAGAAGGCAAGAUAUAAAUGGGAAACCUUUGGAUAUUGCUCCUUUAGUAAAUAUUGGGACAAUCAUGGUAAGCGAACUUAGUUCUGUAACUGCAUUUUUCACCUUAAAAUGAAAUGCAUGGUAUUUAUUCCUUGAAUUAUGCAAUGCAAUGUUUUUAUUGUAAAUAGCACUGGUCAUAUACCAAUGUAUAUGGUAACCUGGGUUAUAUCUAUUUUUAUGUAAACUAUUUUGUUUUUGGCAAGAAAUGAAAUUGAGGCCUGUGUGCAGGUUGCCAUUGAAUUUUGCUCUGGUGAAUGCUGAGAUCCAGCUUUUUCUUACAAAUAAAUGGGACCCCACUUUCCAA